GCGCGUUGCAACGGGGGGGAGGGUAGAGAAAUAAUACAUAAAGCGCGUCGAGGUGUGUCGCGCGUCCGCUUUCUUUCGCGUUUUACACACAUAUAUAAAACGCCGUUCGUUUUUUUUACCAAUACCGUGCCAAACCUGUUUCCGGUCGUUGUGUCGUCAACGACGACUGGCAGCGACUGGCUCUCGCGAACCGGAGCAUGUCAAAGGCGCGCGUGACCGCGACGACGCCGCGACUCACCGAGGAUGUCUGGAACGUUGGUUCUCCGCGAUAGCGUACUCCGAAGCGACGAGCAUCACUGAGCCGACGACGGAGGCCGCCUCAUCGCGCGUACAUGUAUCCGUCGUUUGUCGACCGCGCGCGAGCGACGUGGGUAUGCUCUUAUGGGGUAGCGAGCGGGCGGUAGCCUAUGUCGUGGAAUGGAGACGGAGAGUGUAAAGUCCGGGGCUAGCGAGCAUAGCCAUAGCCACCACAGCAGGAGCUCCCAAAAACAUCACCGAUCUCACAGCUCCAAGCAGCACCACAGGCAACAUUCCUACCGUAGCGGAAAGAACGUAAGGAGUCAAAGAAAAGAAAGACAGAACUUAGAUAGCAACGAAAUGGCUCCGUUUCAAACAACCGUGAACGUGAGAGGAGAGAGCGUGGAUAAUUUGGGACAGGAGGUGAUUGAGGUGCAGAUACUGCCGCAGGAUGAAAAUUGGGGAGAGAAUACCACGGCUGUUACUGGAAAUACCUCCGACAGAUCGGAAUCGACCGAGGAUGUCAGUCACUGGCCGAAUGACGUGGAAAACACGUUCGGUUCUAGCUGUACACGCUACGUCAGUCCGAUCAUAGCACUGAUACUCGGCAUAAGCGCCUUUCUCAGUCCCAUAGCCAUGGUCAUCUUGCCUAAGUUGGGAUUCUUUCCCGACUCCAUGACUGUACUAACGAUGCAGCAGAAGCUACAGCUAUUGUCGUGCAACGCCGAAUGCAAAGGUCAACUGCUGGGAUUAGCCUUUAAACUGGUGCUACUUGGUAUUGGUAGCUGGGCAGUAUUCCUGCGUCCGCGAAAUGCUACCAUGCCGCGUAUAUUUUUAUUCAGGGCAGGAGUACUGUUACUCACCACACUGUGCAUUUGUACUUAUUGGCUUUUUUAUGUUGUACAGUCCGAUAUCUUUCAGGUCACUGAGAGCGCUAAGACUGCUGCCAAUGGCGAAAUAACAGAGUACAAAAGUUUAGUAAAUUACGCAGGUACCCUCGCGGAUACGCUCCUAUUUAUACAUUACGUUGCUGUGCUUCUUAUUGAAGUUCGUCAUCUACAGCCUACAUUCUAUCUUAAGAUCGUUAGAUCACCAGAUGGUGAAUCAAGAUCCUACGCGAUCGGCCAAUUGUCGAUACAGAGAGCAGCUGUAUGGGUGUUGGAGAGAUAUUACACGGAGUUUCCGAUCUACAAUCCGUACUUGGAAAGAUUGCCGGUCUCGAAGUCGGGCAGAAAGCAGUCGAGUUUUAAAUUUUACGAAGUUGACGGCGGAGUGACCGGCGCUAUGCAGUCGCGUGGCGGUAGUGGCGACCGAGCGGUUUUAGCGGCACAGGCGCGUCGCCGUGAUUCAAGCCACAACGAGCGUUUCUACGAAGAGCACGAUUACGAACGACGAGUGCGAAAACGUCGCGCGAGAUUAAUCACUGCCGCGGAGGAGGCGUUCGCGCACAUCAAGCGCUUACACUCCGAAGUAGAGACAUCGAAUUCCGGAUCGAUGGAUCCUAUGGAAGCCGCGCAGGCCGUGUUCCCUUCUAUGGCGAGAGCUUUACAGAAAUAUCUGAGAAUCACUCGGCAACAGCCGCGUCAUUCCGUAGAAUCCAUUUUGAAUCGUCUUGCCCGGUGUCUUGCCCAAGACGCGGCGCCGCGUGCGUUCCUGGAGCCAUUUUUUGCCACAAGUCCGGUGCUCUCGAAUGAGAAAGAGAGACAGAAACGAUCGCAUCAUUGGGCCUUAGUGUGCGAGGGAGAGUUACCCUCGCGGCCGAUCACCAACGGUUGUGAAUUUCAGUUGAGACAGGGCGAAGUAGCGCUUCUUUGCACGGCUUAUAAGUUGCCGCACUUCAAUCUCACGGAACAAUUGGCGCAUCCGAAAUCGAACAAGUUUCUUUUGCGACUCAACUCGGAAACUUCUGUUUAAAGUUCUAAGAAUUAAUUAAGAAGAAUAAAGCAAAAAGUUUCUUGACUACUAGUCUGUCGCUACGAGAUUUUUACGGCAGUUUUAGCGCUUUAACAUUUUUGUCACAAGCAACAAAUCGCUGAUUUAUUAUUUAUGUAAUUGUAAAACUUUCCGUGUGUCUUUGUCCAUAUGAUAGUUACAUUUUUCUCUGCUACGUAAUAGGAAAACGAGCUAACGAGCGGACGAGGGUGAACGAAACUCGAUCAUAUCAUAGUCUCCACUUUGACGAUGUUGUGCUUUCUUUCUUCAAGAAAGAAUCGCGAUAAGAUAUAGUGAUCGUUAUUAUAGUUUAUAUAUAUAUUUAAAAACAAAUAUAAACACUAAGUAAUGAGAUUUUUUAAGUAUUUCUCUUAGUAAUACUCAGUUCUUUUUUAUACGUUUACUACGUGUGUACGUAUAUUUAUUUAUUCUAUAAUUGUGUACUGCAUAUCAUUAUGUGAACCACGCACACGCACACACACACACACACAUGUGCGCUCAAGCGCGGGCACGCACGUACACGCACAUGCAUGCUUAUUUGCGCAAAGUGUGAAGUUAAAAUAACACACAAGCUAGUAUUUUUUCUCCUUUUCUCUCCGAAAAUACUAGCAAAAUACUUUCCAAGAUCAGUUUUCUCUGUGUGUAUGUGAGUGAAAAGCUUCUGAGAGAGGGAGAAAACAAACUUGUAACGCUCUAAAUUUUAUAUGUCCAUAUAUAUACACUCUGUAAAUACGUAUACCUUUUUAAUUGAAUGAUAGAUUAAAUGUAAGCAGAGAUUGGGACGAAGAACACAACAUCCUCCAGCAAGGACUCGUUGAGACAUGAAUAUUCACAUAUUCAUGUGCCGAUAUAUUUACGUAAACUAAUUACCGUAAUACGCAUUUCCGACGGGAAUCACGUUAAUUUAUGCGCGCGAAAGACGUACUUCAACGCAUAAGAACUUACACAUGUGUUCAUACAUGCGCACAACAGCAAAAAAAAA